GCCAAGUAUGCUGAUCCCCUCUGCACUCUUCUCUUCUCAAUUAUUGUAAUAAUGACGACGCUUCAGCUGUUUAGAGAGUCUUUGUACGUCCUUCUGAAUGCAGUUCCACAAAAGCUUAGUUUGCACACCCUGUAUUCCGAGCUGGCUAGUCUCGAGGGUGUCAGAUCUGUGCAUCACCUAAACGUAUGGCAGCAAACGACUCAGCUUACGGUAAUGAUGGUGCAUCUCGUCACAGACUCUCGAACAGACGGCAGUGCGGUGCUCCAGGCGGCCUCAGAGCUCGUAUCCGGCUCAAGAUACAACAUAGACCAUGCCACUAUUCAAAUCGAACAACAACUGCGCAGCCUUAAUAUAUAAUCAAUUUUUAGUGGAAUUACCUUAUAGCACUUUUUUGACCCACCAAAGAAAUCGAAGGAAUCUUGUGAUUUCAGCCACGUUUUAAUGAUAUGUCCCCUCGAUGGCUAUUUAAUUACUUAUAGUUUCAUACUUUGGUAUUUAUAUUUAUAAUCAGACUUAUUACUCCAAAUAAAAUAUUAAA